AUGCAGGGUGAUGUAGAUCAGGAAGGGAUUGAUCAUGAGGAAGAGGAAGCCAUAGAGCAGGAUGGAAUGGAUCAGGUGCAAGAAGAAAGCCAAGGAGAUCAGAAUAUACAACAAGGCCAAGAAGUUGUCUCUGAAGAGGUAAGUACUGGUCAAGAUGAUAAUCACGAAAAUCAUGAGGGACAGGCAGACAUUGAUCAAGAGUGUGUUGAGCACCAAGAAGCUGUUGGAAAUGAGGAAUGUGAUCAGGAAGAGGAUAUUGAAGAGGAUAUUGUAGAAGAUGGCAGCCAUGAAGAUAAUGUGGAGCAAGAGGAAGAUAUUGAACAAAUGGAAGGUACUGAUCAGGAGGAUGAAAUACAUGGACAGGAAGAAUGCAAUGAACAGGCAGGAGAAGAGGAAGUGCAUGACCAAGAAGAACACCAAGACCAAGAAGGAGAAGAGGUCCAUGACCAAGAAGAUGAGGAAGAAGAGGAGGAAGAAAAUGAACAAGAAGAACCAGCUCCUGCUGAGGAAGAUUUGGAAAUGCAGGAGGAAGCUAAUGAAGAGUAUGAUGGGAAUGAGAAGAAUGAAGAAACAGAAGAUGGGGAAAUGGAGGAAGAAGAAGCUGCAGAAGAAGAACCAGGUAAUGAGAGCCAGGAAGGAGAAAUAGUAGCAGAGGCAGAAAAAGAAAAGGAGAAAGAUGAUGUUGAAGAUGAAAAAGAGGAAGAUCCAGUCAGAAAGAUAGAAGAUGAGAAUAAAAAUUCAGAAGAAUCCAUGGAAAACCAGGAAGAGCAGCUCAAAGAAAAGACAGACAAAGAAAAUAAAGUAAGUGACAUGGAGAAAGCACAAGCUUAUACAACCGACGAAAACACAGCAUCAGAGACAGAUAAAGCAGGUGAGGUUCGGACACCAAGGAGUACAGCAAGUGGGAGGAAGCCAAGGCGGCCCAAGCGGGGUCUGGAGAGAGAAUUGGAACAGCUUGACUACUGGGGCAGACGACUAGAACGGGAUGCCAAAAGGCGACGAAGGACUAUCUCUUCUAAGUUGCUUGGAAGUGUGGAGGAAGCAGAAUAUUUGACCUGGGCAGAUCUGCUUCGUAGUUUUAUUCCCAACUCACUUUUGACAACUAACCCAGAUGCAAAAAGGAAAACUGGUCCUGAUGCCCAGCCUGUUAGUAACUCAUCUAGCCAAGAUUCCAAAUUUCUAGUUCCAUCAGUGGAGCAGUCUCAGAACUCCAAAUCAGUUCCGAUGGCUAAUCACUUGGCCUCAUCCGCUUCAGUUUCUCAGCCAUCAUUUAAUAAGGAAGCUGAGGUGAAGACAGAUACGAGUUCAGCUCCUACGAAAGUUCAAGGUGCAUGAGACCCAGAAGACAGAUGCGAGUUCAGCUCCUACGAAAGCUCAAGGUGAGACCCAGAAGACAGAUACAAAUUCAGCUCCUGCGAAAGUUCAAGGUGAGACCCAGAAGACAGAUACGAGUUCAGCUCCUAUGAAAGUUCAAGGUGAUUCU